UUUCCCCCUCUCUUGAGUGGGACACCUUGAUCCUCCACCUCUGUGUUAAAACAAAAGAGAGUUUUUUUUUUUCUCCUUCAGAGGCUCAGCUGUGCAACCCCCCUCACACACCCCCCCACCUCUGCACCUUUAAGGCAAUGGAGAGGGAGACAAUCGGCUGCAGAGAAGGAGGCGAGGGUUUAUUCCACAGUGCUCUGAGGCAGGGCAGCUUUUAAGCGCAGGGAGACCAGAGUGUGCGCAGUUUGUGUGUGCGGCUGCGAGGGGGAAGAUGCGUGUGCUUGUUGCUCGCCGGACGGAGAGAGGCGGCGAAGAGAGAAUGAGUUUCCAGCGCAGCUAACAACAAUCAACUCCACGCGCUUUUUAUAACCCUCGAGAAAAAGAAAAAAAAAAUCCAACUUUUACGCAUUUUUUUUUCUCUCCAUAUACCUGAGAUGACAUGUUUGGCUGUUUUCAGCAUAUAGACUUCUAAUUUAUUUAUUUAUUUAUUUAUUUUUCCGAUUUUGGAGCCUUUUUUUUUGUUUUUUUUGUUUGUUUGCUCUUUUUUUUUUAAUUGUUUGAACCGUGGAGUUUUGUGUGCGCAUAAGUAAUUUGUUCUAUGCGUCUCCAGCCUCUGACUCAGCAGCAGCAGCAGCUCCACAGCUCACCUGGACCGGAGCGCACCGAGCCGAGCUCACUCAUGUUCCCUGCAGAGCAGCGCUCCGACACGGGGGGACGACUGCACUGAGGCCCGGCGAGGCGCGGUGCGGUGCGGUCAGUCCGUCCAACAACACACUAAAACGCACAGUUGUGGAUCAUACACUAUAUCUCUCUACCAGAAGACAAUCAGCAGCAGGAAGAAGCUCAAAACCUCCUCCUCUUCAUCUUCUUCCCAACGUGAAGGAUUGAGAGAAAGAGAGGGAGAGAGAGGAAGAGAGAGAGAGAGGGCGAGUGAGAGAGAGAGAGAGAGAGAGAGAGAGAGAUUUGCAAGCUCCCCUUUCUUUCUUUCAUUGCAAUUGACUUGUUGAAGAAAUAAAAGGGAAGAAAUAACAAGAAGAAAGAGUGCGGGGAGAGAAGAAGAAAAAGCAUAAGCUUGGAUAUUGAACGGAGCGGGGCAUGUGGAUAUUGGCUCUUAUCUUUUCCCAGUGCAUCUUGAAUGUUUUCUGUGAAGAUCUACGUUCCAGCUUAUAUUUUGUCAAUGCAUCUGUGCAAGAGGUAGUGUUUGCCAGCACCACAGGGACAUCGGUGCCCUGUCCCGCCGCAGGCGUGCCCCCUGUCUCACUGCGCUGGUACCUGGCCACCAGCGAGGAGAUCUAUGAUGUGCCAGGGAUCCGCCAUGUGCACCCCAAUGGCACCCUUCAGAUCUUCCACAUCCCCCCUUCCAGCUUCAGCAAACUCAUCCACGACAACACCUACUAUUGCACAGCGGAGAACCCCUCAGGGAGAAUCAGGAGCCAAGAUGUCCACAUUAAGGCUGUCCUACGAGAGCCCUACACUGUCCGGGUGGAGGACCAGAAAGCCAUGAGAGGCAAUGUGGCGGUCUUCAAGUGCAUUAUCCCUGCCUCAGUGGAGGCCUACAUCACUGUUGUGUCCUGGGAGAAAGACACAAUGUCAAUCAACGCUGAAAGGCUGGGGAAUAUGGCCAAAGUCUUCUAUCCCGAUAUAGUGUCACGGUUUCUCAUCACAUCCACGGGAGCCCUGUAUAUCCUGGAUGUGCAAAUGGAAGACGGGCUGUACAACUACAGGUGUAUGACACGCCACCGGUACACAGGAGAGACCCGACAGAGCAAUAGUGCCCGCCUCAUUGUCUCAGACCCCACCAACUCAGCACCCCACAUCCUGGACAGCUUCGAGCGUCGUGAGGUGAUGUCGUCUCAUCGAGUGGAGUUGCCCUGCAAGGCUUCCGGGCACCCCGCACCCAAGUACCGCUGGCUAAAGGACAACCGGCCGCUGGAGCCCGACACUCGCUUCAGACAGAGUGUGACAGGCCUGCUGAUAGAGAGAGCCCAGGCCAGCGACACAGGGACAUACGUGUGUGAGGUGUGGAACGGCUACGGCAAUGCUGAGGUGGUUGGCAGGCUGCAGGUAAAAGAGCUCCUAAAGGUCGUGGUGAGCCCGCGAAAGGUGAAGGGCAGCGUGGGAAGCCAGGUUUCACUGUCCUGCAGCGUAACCGGCUCCGAGGAGUACCAGUUGUCCUGGUACCGCAACGGAGAACUCAUCUACCCCAGUAACAGCGUUCGCAUGACAGGCGAAAACAGGGAGAACCUGGUCAUGGCUGGGAUGGCCAAGAGCGAUGGAGGAGCCUAUCAGUGUUUCGCCAGACACGGCAAGAUGUCCGCCCAGGACUUCGUUCAAGUCAUACUGGAAGAUGGCACCCCCAAGAUUCUGGCUUCAUUCAGCGAGAAGGUCUACAACAUCAAUGAGUUUGUGUCGCUGUCGUGCACGGUGAAGGGCACGCCGGAGCCCCGGGUAACGUGGACUCUGGAUGACGAACCCGUGGUACGGGACAGCCGCCACCGCAUCUCCCACUACACCAACACCGAGGGCCACGUGGUCAGCCACCUCAACAUCAGCCAGACCCAGGUGCCCAAUGGAGGGGUGUAUCGCUGCAUCUGCAACAACUCGGCCGGGACAGUUUCCUACCAGGCGCGAAUAAACGUAAGAGGGCCUGCCAGCAUCAGACCAAUGAAAAACCUCACUGCCAUCGCUGGCCGGGACAUGUACAUCCACUGCCGUGUCAUUGGCUACCCGUACUACUCCAUCAAGUGGUACAAGGACUCCAAUUUGCUGCCGUACAACCACCGGCAACGGGCCUUUGAGAACAACGGCACCCUGAAGCUGUUCGAUGUGCAGAAGGACGUGGAUGAAGGCGAAUACACAUGCAAUGUGCUGGUGCAGCCUCAGCUCUCCACACACCAGAGCGUCUAUGUUACUGUGAAAGUUCCACCUACCAUACACCCAUUUGAGUUCCCUCGGUUUUCCAUCGGCCAGCGAGUCUUCAUCCCCUGCGUGGUCAUGUCGGGCGACCAACCCGUGUUCAUCACCUGGCAGAAGGACGGGCGGCCGAUCCCAGCCAGCCUGGGCGUCACCAUAGACAACAUAGACUUCACCAGCUCCCUGCGUAUCUCCAACCUCACACUGAUGCACAACGGCAACUACACCUGCAUCGCACGCAACCAGGCUGCCGCCGUAGAGCACCAGAGCCAGCUCAUCGUACGAGUUCCUCCCAAAUUUGUGGUGCAACCUAAGGACCAGGAUGGCAUCUAUGGAAAGGCAGUGAUACUCAACUGCUCAGCUCAAGGCUAUCCUGUUCCUACCAUCCAGUGGGAGUACUCUAAAGGCGCCGGGGUCCCUCAGUUCAAACCCAUCGCCCUCAACUCAGGCUUUCGGAUCGAGGUGCUGGUCAACGGCUCUCUGUUCAUCAAGCAUGUGCUGGAAGAAGACAGUGGCUUCUACCUGUGUCGAGUCAGCAACGACGUUGGAGCUGAUGUCAGCAAGUCCAUGUAUCUCAAUGUGAAAAUCCCUGCCAUGAUCACAUCCUACCCCAACACCACGCUGGCCACGCAGGGUGAAGAGAAGAAGAUGAGCUGCACGGCCCACGGUGAGAAGCCCAUCAUGGUACGCUGGGAGAAGGAGGAACGCAUCAUCAACCCUGAGACCAGCCGCUACGUGGUUUCUGUCAAGGAGGUGGGCGAUGAAGUCAUCUCCACCCUGCAGAUCAUGCCCACAGUGAGGGAGGACUCCGGCUUCUUCUCUUGCCAUGCCAUCAACUCCUUUGGUGAGGACAGAGGAAUCAUACAGCUCACAGUGCAAGAGCCCCCGGACCCACCAGAGGUUGAGAUCAGAGAAGUGAAGGACAGGACCAUUGCACUGCGUUGGACUAUGGGUUUUGAUGGCAACAGCCCGAUUACAGGCUUUGAUAUUGAGAGCAAGAACAAAUCAGCCUCCUGGGAUACCGCUCAGAAGACCAAAGAUGUCUCACCUCAGCUCAACCAGGCCACCAUCAUCGACCUGCACCCCUCCUCCACCUACAACAUCCGCAUGUUCGCCAAGAACCUAAUCGGCAAGAGCGAGGCCAGCAACGAGCUCACCAUCACCACCGACGAAGCAGCUCCUGAUGGACCACCUCAGGAGGUGCAGCUGGAAGCCCUCUCCUCUCAGAGCAUCCGAGUCUCUUGGCGGGCACCCAAGAAGCACCUCCAGAAUGGAGCUAUCAGGGGCUACCAGGUGGGCUACAGGGAGUACAGCUCUGGUGGAAACUACCAGUUCAGUGUGAUCAGCGUGGAGACCACAGGGGACAAUGCAGAGAGCCUUGUGCUGGACAACCUGAAGAAGUUCACCCAGUAUGGAGUCGUGGUGCAAGCCAGCAACAGCGCUGGGACAGGGCCCUCUUCCACAGAGGUGGCUGCUACCACGCUGGAAGACGUGCCCAGUCGUCCUCCAGAGAACGUCCAGGCCACGGCCACGUCUCCGGAGGUCAUCUCUCUGUCCUGGCUGACCCCUCCCAAAGACGCUCUGAACGGCAACCUGCUGGGUUUCAGGGUCAUCUACUGGGCCAACCUGCCUGAUGGAGAGCUCGGAGAGAUCCGGAACGUGACAACCUCUAAACCCUCUCUGGAGCUGGACGGUCUGGAGAAGUACACCAAUUACAGCAUCCAGGUGUUGGCCUUCACCAGAGCUGGAGACGGCGUUCGCAGCGAACAGAUUUACACCCGCACCAAGGAGGACGUUCCCGGGCCUCCGGCGGGUGUGAAGGCGGCAGCUGCAUCAAGCACAGUGGUGUUUGUGUCCUGGCUCCCUCCUCUCAAAGUGAACGGCAUCAUCAGGAAAUACACCGUGUUCUGCUCCAACCCACACCCCACGGUGAGCAGUGAGUUCGAGGCGGCCCCCGAUGUGUUCUUCUACCGCAUCCAAAACCUGAGCCGGAACCGUCAGUACAGUAUCUGGGUGGUGGCCGUCACCGCUGCAGGCCGCGGAAACGCCAGCGAAAUCAUCACUGUCAAACCCAUAUCUGAGGCUCCGGCUCGGAUCCUGACCUUCAACAGGACAGUAACGACCCCCUGGAUGAGGGACAUUGUGCUGCCUUGUAAAGCAGUGGGUGAUCCAUCCCCAACCAUCAAGUGGCUGAAGGAGAUCAAUGGAACCCCAGCACCUGUUGUGAUUGACAGCCGGCGCAGCGUCCAUGGUAACGGCAGCCUUGUCAUUCGCACGGUGAAAGCAGAGGAUUCUGGGAACUACACCUGUGUGGCCAGUAACAGCUUUGGGUCGGACAAGAUUGUCCUCAACCUGCAAGUUCAAGUUCCACCUGACCAGCCUCGCCUCACAGUGACCAAGACAACCACCACCUCAAUAACCCUCUCCUGGAUCCCUGGAGACAACGGAGGCAGCUCCAUAAGAGGCUACAUCCUGCAGUACUCGGAGGAUAACAGCGAGCAGUGGGGUAACUUUGCCAUCAGUCCCAGUGAGCGCUCCUAUCGGCUAGAGAACCUCAAGUGUGGCACCUGGUACAAGUUCACACUCACAGCCCAGAAUGCAGUGGGGCCAGGACGCAUCAGUGAGAUCAUUGAGGCAAAGACCCAUGGGAAAGAACCUCAGUACGCUAAAGAACAGGAGCUGUUCACUAGCAUCAACGCCACCCGGGUCAAGCUCAACCUGAACGGCUGGAACAACGGCGGAUGCCCCAUCACCUCCUUCACCUUGGAGUAUCGGCCCGUAGACUCGCCGUCGUGGACCACGGCGCAGCGCACCUCCCUCACCAAGAGCUACAUCCUGUACGACCUGCAGGAGGCCACCUGGUACGAGCUGCAGAUGAAAGUCUACAACAGCGCCGGCUACGCUGAGAAGAGACUCAAGUUUGCAACGCUCAGCUAUGACGGCAGUACCAUCGCACCUUUGGUGAAGGAACCCAACAUUAGCGAGGACCACUCUGGGGGCGGCGAAGGUUUGAAGAUGAUGGUGACCAUCUCCUGUGUGUUGGUGGGCAUCGUUGUAAUCUUCAUCGGACUCCUGGUGCUGAGGAGGAGGAGGAGGGAGCAGAGACUCAAGAGGCUCCGAGAUGCAAAAAGUUUGGCUGAGAUGCUCAUGAGUAAAAACACACGUCCAGCAGAGCCAAUUAACAAACAGCAACAGACGCUCCGCAUGCACAUCGACAUCCCCAGAGCCCAGCUCCUGAUCGAGGAGAGAGACACCAUGGAAACUGUUGACGACAGGUCCACUGUGUUACUGACCGAUAACGACUUUGGGGAGACACAGAAACAGAAGUCAUCCACAGUCACCCACACAGUCCACUACCAGUCCCUAUCCCAGGCCACCGGUCCACUGGUAGACGUGUCGGAUGCCAGACCAGGAACCAGUAAGUCCAACCCUACAGCUCGCCGCACAGCCAAAGCCGGCCCUGCUGCUCGCAAUCGCUACGCCAGCCAGUGGACCCUGAACCGCCCACACCCCCCUGUCUCCUCCCACACUCUCAGCACUGACUGGAGGCUGCCCACCCCCAGAGUGGCAGGCUCUGUUGACAAGGAGAGUGACAGCUACAGCGUCAGCCCAUCUCAGGACACAGACCGAGCGCGGAGCAGCAUGGUGUCAACCGAGAGCGCGUCCUCCACCUACGAGGAGCUCGCCAGAGCCUAUGAGCACGCCAAGAUGGAGGAGCAGCUGCGCCACGCCAAAUUCACCAUCACCGAAUGCUUCAUCUCUGACACUUCCUCAGAGCAGAUGACGGCGGGCACCAACGACUACACCGACAGCCUGACCUCCAGCACGCCGUCCGAAUCAGGCAUCUGCCGCUUCACUGCUUCCCCGCCCAAGCCUCAGGACGUCAGUCGGGUCAUGAACAUGGCCGUGCCCAAGGCCCACAGACCGGGGGGCGAGUUGGUUCACCUUCCUCCGUACCUGCGCAUGGACUUCCUGUUAAACCGAGGCAUGUCCUGCUCGGGGUCAUCCAGGGGGACAGCUAGUGGGGAGCGAGCGGCGAUGGGCCAGGCCUGUCUGGAGCCCCAGAAGAGUCGAUCGCUGAAGCGGCCCUCUCGCAUGGCGCCGCCGACGCCCACAGAGGCCCCUCAGGCCAGCAGGGAACCAGUGGCCCAGUGGCAGCCCGGCUCUGCGGCCACACUCCCCCACAGAGAGGGCUCGGAGCUGGCCCAGGCCGCCAAGCUCAGCACCUCCCAGGAGUCCCUGCUGGACUCGCGAGGACAUCUCAAACAGAGCAGCAACCCCUACGCAAAGUCCUACACGCUGGUAUAACAGCAGGGGCACCUAGGGCGGGACUAGAACUCACUCUAACACUGGACUUAACACUCAAGUGGUGACUUUCACCACGCAGUUCUGUAUAUACGCCCCCCCCCUCCAAGGGCGGGGUCACUUUUACUAAUCUCCUUUUAUUUAUUUUAGAGCUUUCUUUUAUCUCUUGUUUGUAUUUCUUUUUUUUUGUUUCACUUGAGAAAAAAUUCACUCAUCGGAAACGACUCCAGCCGGAGUUUUGCCAAACUAAUUGAGUAACGAGGGAGCAUUAUUUAUUCUUAAUUAUUGUUAAUUCUUUAUAAUUAAUCAGUGAUUAUUAAUUGUUAGUUGCCAGCUAUUAAUGAUCAUUAAUUAUUGAUUACCAAAUGAUCUAUUAUCACCACAAUGUUUUCAUAAGAACCCGGACAUCUUUUUCUUUUUUUCUUUUUUUUUUCUGGAGUGGAUAGAUGACGAUUUGGAGUCAUUUUUUUCCUAUGGAAUAUCCUUCUGAAACACUGAAUGAAACUCGGGAGAAAUCUUGGAAUGAAAGCAAUUGACACCAGUCCAAACUUUUCAGCUGCUCUCAAAUUGUUACUUUUUUUGAAGAAAAAAAAAAUCUAUUUCCUAUGGAUGCAUGGGGACUGACCAAUUAAAAAGACAAUGAGGAUUACGAUCGUGGCUGGACAGCCCAGUCGAGCAUUUUGUCACACUAUGAAAUGAUCCAAUGUGAAGAUUUAUUAUUCUUAUUACUAUAAAUAUAUAUAUAAAAAGAGAAAUCACUUUUAUUUGUGGAUAUUACAGGGAAGAAUUGAUUUGGUUAAUAAAGUCCUUAGUCAUGUUUGCACAUAUCUCGUUUUAAUUAGGAAAUGGAGUCUCUGUUGAUCUUUCUCUGUGUCCCAUUCUCUGAUGGUGCAAUAUGAAAAAAGAUAUGAAAAGUAUAUGAAAACUAUUGCUCUAUACUGUACUGUAAUGAUGAAAAAUAACUAUGUUGUGAGUAUACUUACAGGGCCGGACACACUCCAGCUAUGUAUUCAGGUGUAGUUUACCACUGCUUGUUUGCCAGGGUGGUAAAUGAUGUUAGCUAGAAUAGGGAGGGUUUAGAAUGGUUUGCACUUCACAACACCCCGACUCAAGUGUGUCCAGAUAGAUCCCCUUACUCUCAGUGCACUAGGUAGAGUCUUCAGGGCUCUCUCUCUCCUCAGUAGAUUUACUGUUGCUGCAUUGCAGUGAUGCUCCUCUACAGGGAAAAAAAAAAAAAAACGUGAGACAAUCCAGCAGAAUCCCCCCUUCAAACCAAACCUAUAAUGUCUAUGGGAAAUAUCUAAAAAAAAAAAAAUGUGGAUAUACGUAAGAAGCUGUUUUUUGUUCCUGUCUACCCUGGCCCAUUUCUGUUCUUUCUGUUUCUUUGAGUUAGCCUGAAGGGAGAAGAGUUUGAUCCAAAAUGCUGUGAGGUCAUUAUGUCAGUUUCUAUGAUUAGUUUCUAUGAUUAACUGUCUUCAUUAUGAUUAUACAUUUUAACGAGAAAAAAAAUGUCACUUUUUAUUUUUAACAUGAGUGUUCACCAUGGUGGCACUGGAAUAAAGAGAAACUAACACAAAGUUCAAAUUUGAUUAAUAAAAUGGCUGUUCCCCAAA